AUGGGUCAUAACUAUGCUCGAAGGCCAGUAUUUCAACGGUAUCCGAACGCUUCAUACGGAGUUCGCUCAAAUAGGGAACCUCAAGCGGAAGUAUUGGAUGUGUCAACAGAUGAAACUGUUGAAGAAAAAGAAACUUCCCGUAAAAGGAAGUUAUCGAAUUCUGAAGCGGCGAGUACUGUGCUGCCGCCUUCUCAGAAUCCAAAAAGAACAUUUCCCCGUAAAAAGGUAUCAAAGAAAAUUCCGUACGGUUGUCCACCGUGGUGCAUUGCCGAAAAAAGAAAGGACUGUAAUGACGAUUGCAUUGUGAUAUCGGACGACUCACCCGAAAUCGCCGAAUCAGAGCCACCAAAAGUGCAACAGGAAACUAACGAAAUUGGCGAGAUCGUUUUUGUUGAAGAAGUGAGAAAAAAUUCUGCGCAUAAAAUGCCUUCAACUUCAUCCGUUGGAUCAUCUUGUGGCUCACCAACUUCAGACACUCUGAACUACUCGAAUAUGCUAAUAUCGCAUAAUCGACAAGAGUUGCCUAAUGAUGGAUAUUCAUUGGAUUGUGCCACAGUUCCAGGAAGUACUCGACGUGUCUUUGUGGACGUGCAGAAUGCAAACGUGGGUACGGAAAAUGGAGCGAACACUUAUUCGGAUUUUACUGUCUGCUCUUAUAAUGUUUUGUGUCAGGACACAAUUACAAGAACGCAGUACUUGUAUGGACAUCUGAAAUAUUUUCGAAAUUUGAUUGUUUGGUCACAUCGAUGGAAGAAAAUGGAAAAAGAAAUAUUAUCGAUUGAUGCUGAUAUUUUUGGAAUGCAAGAAAAAUGUGGAAUGGAUGGGCUCAAGCAAGAUGGGUGCGCUAUUUUUUACAAAAAUGAAAAAUUCAGUGAACUUUACUAUCGUGAAGUAGACUAUUUUGUAGCUUGUCAAACAACGCUAGAUAGGGAACAAAUCGCUCAAAUUGUUGUUUUACGUUGCAAGGCAACCAAUGAAGUUCUCAUUAUUGCAAACACUCAUUUAAUUUUUAACGAAAACCGCGGAGAUGUGAAACUAGCACAGCUGGCAAAAUUGUUCGCGAAUAUUCAUGAAGUAUCUGAGAAAUUUCGCGAUAGCAGCCCUUCCCUUAUUAUACUCGGUGAUUUCAAUAUUGAGCCGAACAGCUUGAUCUACAAAUAUAUUGUCACUGGAUGGUAUAGUUUAAUGUUGUUCGAGCAAAUGUCGGAAGUUAUUUUGAGCUAA